CCAGCUCCGCCUAUCUCUCCCCAGGGUUCUCGCUGGGCUCCACCAUCCAGUCGCACACCAAGGGCAUCUGGAUGUGGUGCCUGCCCCACCCCAGCCGGGCCGGCCACACCCUGGUGCUGCUGGACACCGAGGGGCUGGGCGACGUGGAGAAGGGCGACGCGAAGAACGACACGUGGAUCUUUGCGCUGGCCGUGCUUCUCAGCAGCACCCUGGUCUAUAACAGCCUGGGCACCAUCAACCAGCAGGCCAUGGAGCAGCUGCACUACGUGACGGAGCUGACGGAGCGCAUCAAGGUGAAGCCGGUGGCUGAGGGCAGCCGAGAGGACAAGAAGGUGAAGCCGGUGGGUGAGGGUGGCCGAGGGGGCAAGAAGGCGAAGCUGGUGGCUCAGGGCGGCCGAGGGGGCAAGAAGGCGAAGCUGGUGGCUCAGGGCGGCCGAGGGGGCAAGAAGGUGAAGCCGGCGGGUGAGGGCUGCCGGCAGGAGGAGGAGGAUUCGGCCGAGUUCGUGCGGUUCUUCCCGGCCUUCGUGUGGGCCGUGCGGGAUUUCGUGCUGCAGCUGGUGCUGGACGGGCGGGAGAUCACCGAGGACGAGUACCUGGAGAACGCCCUGAAACUAAAGCGAGGCAGCAGCGAGGAAGACCAGUGCUACAACUUGCCCCGAAAGUGCAUCCGCCAGUUCUUCCCGGCCCGGAAAUGCUUCGUCUUCGUCCCGCCGGCCGGUUGGCAGCACCUGCCCCGGCUGGAGAAGCUGCGGAAGGACGAGCUGGAGCCCGAGUUCCAGGAGCAGGUGGCCCAGUUCUGCCGCCACGUCUGGGAGACGUCGAAGCCCAAGACCAUCCCGGGUGGCCACGUGGUGACCGGGGCCAUGCUGGGGAACCUGGCGGUGACCUACGUGGACGCCAUCCGCAGCGGGGCGGUGCCCUGCAUGGAGAGCGCGGUGCUGGCCCUGGCGCAGAUGGAGAACUUGGCGGCGGUGGGGGAGGCCGUGGCUGUCUACGAGGAGCAGCUGGGGCGGCGGGCGGCGCUGCCCACGGAGAGCGUGCAGGAGCUGCUGGACCUGCACGCCCAGUGCGAGCGGGAGGCGCUGCGGGCGUUCAUGGCGCGCGCCUUCAAGGAUGACGACCGCCGCUUCCAAGAGGAGCUCAUGCGCCGCCUGGAGGAGCAGAAGCAGGAGCUCUGCCGGCGCAAUGAAGUGGCGUCCUCGGAGCGCUGCAAGGCCGCCCUGCUGGAGCUGUCGCAGGAGCUGGAUGACCGGAUCGGCGAGGGGGUCUACUCAGUGCCCGGGGGCUACCAGCACUUCCUGGACGACCGGCAGCGCAUGGUGGACAGAUACCGGCAGGUGCCGGGGAAGGGGGUAAAGGCCGACGCGGCGCUGCAGGAGUUCCUCCAGUCCAAGGCGGCUGUGGCCCAGUCCAUCCUGCAGACGGACAAGGCCCUGAUGGAGAAGGAGAAGGAGAUGGCAGCCGAGCGAGCCCGGGCCGAGGCGGCCAAGCGGGAGCAGCAGGUCCUGAAGCAGAAGGAGGCUGAGUUACAGCAGAAGCGGGAGGACCAGGACCGCAGCUACCAGGAGAACCUGCGGCAGCUGGAGACGAAGCUGGAGGACGAGAGGAAGAAGCUGCUGGAGGAGCAGGGCAAGAUGAUGGAUCAGAAACUGAAGGUACCAGGGGGGCCGCGG